CAAUGAAGGGUAAUUUUCCAUGACACGCUCUGGUCUGAAAUUACUUUUCUCAUGUAUCUCACUACUUUUGCAUUGAGAUUACCUAGAUUUGAAUCCUAUCCAAUUAUAUCGCGCUUUGAUUCCUUCUCUUCCCUGUCCUUUUUAUCCCAUUUACAUUUGGCAGGGAUCAUUUCAAUCUCAUGAAUGAAAUAGUCCAUGAAGUUGAGCAGAAGCUGAACAAGGAGGACCUAAUUGUGCCAAAACAGUUAGUCGGAGUCGAUGCUCAUGUGAAACGCAUAAUGGAGAAGAUGGACGUUGACUACCGCAAUGGGCAAGCAGUUAAAAUAGGGGACACACGUGAAAAGGUGUUAGGAAUAUCUGGCAUCGCCGGGGUGGGUAAGACUGUCCUGGCGAAAUAUAUUUAUCAUCAACUUCGUCAUAUGUAUGAUGGUCAUAGCUUUUUUGGGAAGAUCCAAGCUGAAAUCGAACAUGGCAAUGUCCUGUCUGCGCAGAAGCAACUAAUUUCCGACCUUGGUGAUGGAAAUGCCCACAAGUUCAAUUGUUCUGAUGAAGCUCUGAUCUUUAUUCGGAACAGGUUUAAAAGAAUGAAGAUCCUCCUCCUCCUUGACGAUGUGAAAGAUCAUGAACAGCUCAGCAAAUUAGUCGGAAAGCUUGAUUGGCUUGGUCUGGGGAGCAGGGUCAUUGUGACAUCCCAAAGAAAGGAUGUCCUUAAGAACAUUGAUGGUGCGGAAACUUUUGUCCUUGGACUGAUGGAAAAAGAUGAAGCUCUGACAUUAUUCUGCAGGCAUGCUUUUGGAGCGGAUUCUCCCCCUCAGAAAUUCAAGGAUCUGUCAAGAAAUAUUGUUGCUGCUACCGGCAGGCUUCCUUUAGCACUCGAGGUGGUAGGUUCAUCUCUUUACCUUGUAGACUCGGAGGCAGUUUGGAGGGAAACAUUGGAUGCAUUGGAAAUUGCUCCUCAUGACAAAGUCAUAGCAGCCUUGGCGAAGAGCUAUGGCAACCUAAAUGAUGAAGAACGACAGAUAUUCCUUGAUAUAGCAUGCUUCUUCAUCGGAGAGGACAAUAGAAUCCCCUAUUACAUGUGGGAUGACUGUAACUACUCUCCUUCUAAAUCGAUUCUAGCUCUUAUUGCCGCUUCUUUGGUAAAAAUCGGAGAGGAUAAUGAACUAGGCAUGCAUGAAAUCCUGAAGAAUUUUGGCCGGGAAAUUGUCAGGAAUCAAAACCAAGAUAAACCUUACAAGCGCAGUAGGCUGUGGGACGACAAAGCACUGCGUGUGCUAAAAAGAAGGAAGGGUACUGGGGAAGUUGGACCCUUUGGGCUCGAGUUUGGUGACGGAUCCGAAGGGCAUACCAGUUUUGAUUGUGAUCAAUUUGAUGGUUUAGAGAACUUCGGCUUCCUCAAUCUUGAUCGGGUCAAUAGUCAGGGAAACUUUGGGGAUCGUCUUUCCAGCUUAAUGUGGCUUGAUUGGCCGGGGUGGCCUAAGAAUAUUGACUUUCAAACGCUAAAUCUGGGUUUGCAAAAUUUGGUGGUUCUUGAUUUGUCGUGGAGCCAGGUCAACAAAGACUGCAGUGGCAAGAAAACUGAAAGUUUUGAGACUAACUGGUUGUGCCCAAUUGAUUGCCACUCCGAAUUUCCAGCUUCAAUGGAGCUGGAAAGACUUAUUCUGGAAGGCUGCUCUAAAUUAGCAGUUAUCCAUCCAUCAUUUGGUAAUCUGACGAAGUUGGUAUAUUUGAACUUGAAGGGAUGCAGUUGCCUCAGUGAAUUGCCAGAUUUUGGUCCCAUGACAGGCUUGAAAGAGCUGGUGAUCGAUGGAACUUCCAUCACUCGGAUUGAUUUCCAAGAAGGUUCCAUGAGGAAGCUCAAAACUCCCAGUGCCUGUGAUUGUAAACACCUGACUGAAAUAACCGAUUUGAUCAGGUGCUUAGAGUCUCUCACAUAUCUCGCUCUAGACGGCAGUGAUAUCGUUACCCUCCCAGAGCCCAUUGGAUCGCUGGAACAACUGGAAACACUGUCUCUGAAGAACUGCGAGAGGCUAAUCGACCUUCCAGAUGGAAUAGGGAAGCUCACGUCACUGCAAGUGCUGGACUUAUCGAGCACUGCAAUUAACAAGUUACCAACGUCAGUCAAGGAUUUGAAAGAUAUGAAAGUGCUUCGGAUGAGGCGUACUUUCAUAAGGGAGUUCCCCAGAGCUGUACUGAAUCUGGAGAAGCUGGAAGAGAUGGAUUUCUCCUUGUGCCGGAAUUUAGAAGGGAUGGUCCCUGAUGAGAUUUGUGGAUCGUCAUCCUUGGCAAUCCUGAACCUGUCCGACACUCAGAUUUGCGCCCUACCUGCAUGUCUAUCCCGCCUUUCUCGUCUCCAGAAGCUCGACAUCUCCAGAUGCUACAAACUUGAGAGCCUGCCCGAGUUGCCCGCUGGUUUGAUUAUUGUUCGUUAA